GUGCCAGGUACACCAAAUGGAAGAUCCUGCCUCUGUCUACAGUGAAUUAAUGGAUCUAAUUGUAAAACUUGCCAAUCAUGGUUUGAUUCAUGGUGAUUUCAAUGAAUUUAAUCUCAUAUUGGAUAAUGAUGACCGUGUCACUAUGAUUGAUUUCCCUCAGAUGAUAUCAACAUCACAUGCAAAUGCUGAAUGGUAUUUUGACAGAGAUGUUAACUGUGUUAAGGAGUUCUUUAAGAAACGCUUCAACUACGAGAGUGAGCUCUUCCCAGCAUUCAAAGACAUCAGGAGAGAGUGUUCUCUUGACAGAGAGAUUGCUGCCAGCGGCUGUACAAAAGAAAUGCAGGAAGAUAGUGAAUUGCUUUACCCACCAGGUUCUGAUGAGGGUGAUAGUGCAACAGAGGUAUCAGAAUUUGUAGAAGAUGCUGAGAAUAAGCUUGACUACUUCAGCAAAGCUAAAGAAAACAAUGCAGACUUCAUGUAUGAAGUGGGUGAUUUCUCUGAAAGCAGAACCUCUAAUGACUUUGUGUAUAGCAAUGAAGAGGCUGAUACAACUGAAAGUAGUGAAAAUACACAAAGGCUGAAUAUGUCAAAGUUGAGUUCAGCCUUAGAAAAUGUUGAAGGGCGAGCUAUGCUUUGGAAGUCUGGUGAAGAUGCAGAGAAUUCUGCAAUUGCUUUUUCUGAGGGCAAAAGCAUAGCUGAAAAUGCUGCUGGAGUUGAAAAUCAGACAGGUCAAGGCGGGUGCUGUAAUGAUAAGGAGAAUGGAGACAAAGGCCCUGAUCUGGUUCACUUGUCAACUUCAAAUGAGAAAUUCAGGCAUUACAGAAAUGAAGAGAGUAUCAUUCAUAUUGCUGAGCACAGAACAAGGACUAAAAGUACCACAUCAGCCAGAAGUGUUGGGAGCUGUUCAACCAUUCCAGCGGAACUGGUAAAACAGAAGAUAAAACGUCAACUGACCAAACAUCAAAAGUCUGCUCUGAGGCAACGGCUGCAAAAAGGAGAGGCAAAUAUUUAUACUAAACAACGUCGAGAAAAUAUGCACAACAUUAAGUCAAGCUUGGAUGCAGCUAGUUUCUGGGGAUAA